CGUAUUUUUAUAAUGUGAACACAAAAACGCAAUGUGUGCAAGAAACGCAAAGAAAUUUUUCGAGAAAAAAAUUGAAAAAAAAAAUCAUUUCACUGAGAGAAGUGAAUAAAGUCAAAAUUAUCGCAACUGAAAAAAAGAGCAAAAACUGAGUAAAGCAGUUAGAAAAUAUCCCGUGUGUUAAAUCAUAAACAAGACAAAAGUUUUAAGGAUAAAAACAAGAAAAAACUUUCUUGGAAGGAUGUAGCCGAAGAAGCAAACUUGUUAGAUGCAUAUAAAGUGUGAAUCAGGCUUUGAUGAGCGCCCCUCAACAUCGACAACAGAAGGUCGCCCGUGUGACGCUAAAUCGGAUAUAUGGGAAAAUAAACCACGAGCGAACCAAAUGCUUUCAUUUCAUUGGUUAGAAAAAGAGUCAAUAUAUAGCAUGAGUUAUCCUAAUUUAUGUGCCUUCAAAGAAUGUCCGGAGCAUCUACAAUCAAACGAAUACAUUUUGCAUGGAUACCGUGUUGAUUUUUCAAAACUGCAGUGCAUAAAAAGUAUUUUUAUGUUGACAAAUGAAACUAUAAAUGUAUGGUCACAUUUACUUGGAGUAAUCUUCUUUCUGUAUGCCCUCAUUAGGGUGAAUUUUAAAGUUUUGGUUUGUUAUGAAUUAAGCACGCCAGCUGAUCACAUAGUAAUGAGUUUAUUUUGUCUGUGUUUUAUGACAUGUUUAUUACUAUCUACAUUUUAUCAUAUAUUCUCAUGCCAUUCAAAGGAGUAUUAUGAAUGCUGUUUAAGAUUUGACUUGAUGGGAAUUUCACUAAGUUUGUGGGGUUGUUACAUUCCGUCUAUUUAUUAUGGCUUCUACUGUUUUAAAAUAUGGAGAACGUUUUACACGGCAGCAGUUGUGAUGAUGAUGCUGCUAAACAUGGCUUUCCAAAUUUGCCCGAAACGCGUCUACACUCAAAAAACAGAUUACCGAAGAGUGAUAUUUUUUGUGUUAAUGUGCCUUUUUGGUGUGUUUCCAGCGAUUCAUUGGGUAUAUAUACUUGGACUGUCAAAUGCAUUAGUACUAACCUUUAUCCCCAAGGUUGUAAUGAUGUAUGUGUUUGGAUUAAUUGCCUUCAUAUUUUAUAUAACAAAGAUCCCAGAAAAGUUAAAACCGGGUUGGUUUGACUAUAUUGGAUCAAGUCAUCAGCUUUGGCAUAUUGCUGUGUUAGCUGCAAUGAUUUGGUGGUACUUUACUGCAUUGGAAUUUAUAGAGCUUCGUUUGCACAGUAAACAUUCCUGUGCAUUAGAUAUUGUAUAAAUUCAUGCUAGUAUAAUACUCUCAUUUUAUAAAUAGCAUAUAUAAUUUUUAAUAUAUAAAUUGGUUGUUUUCGCACAUUGCAGCCAGGCUGUUUUGGAGUGCAUUACUUUGACUGAAGCAUCCCAGGAACAUGGCAGAUAAAAUUUGUUGUUCCCACAAGUUUUCUUUUUAUGUAACAGUGGGACAAGUGCUUGCGCUCUGUCAUCUUUACCUCACUUGUCAAAAAACCACAGUGCGUCCCAAAACAUCCUGCCUUUGCAGGAAUUUUUUCAUACUAUAUAUAUAGCAUAUAUCUUUUGUUAUGUUAUAUCAUUUGUGUAUAUUUCUUUUGUAUGUGAAAAAACAGAGCACUUUUCAAUAUUGCAACAAGCAAGAGCUGUAAAAUGAACAAUACUUUGAGUUUUUAUUACCAGUUUGUGUAUAAGUACACAUGGAAUCCAUUUAAUAGAAACAUUUUUAAUAUAAUAUUGUAUAUAUAUUCACAAUGUGUAGGUUCAAUUUUUUACUAAAAUUUUUAUUUAUAUACCACAGGAAGUUAUUAAGCAUAUAGUUUAGGCAUAUAUAUUUUAGAUAGUAUAGGAAUAUUUCAUUUAUUUGACACUAGCCCAAAGUAAAAAUUGUAUAAUGUUAAUAUUUACGAAAAACAUUGCUAAAUAAUCA